UCUCAAUUUUCUACGACAUUCCGUCACACACUCUCGCUCGCAAGGGAUCCCACAAGAAACGCAAGAAAAACGAACAAAAAAAGCGAGGAAAAGUGCAAAAAUAAAAUAAAUUCAUUAUUUUCAAUCACCCCAAAAAACUCUACCUACAUCUGCGAAAAAACAAUUCCUCCUUGUUCUUUUUCUUAUAUUUCGCGCUUUCAUUUCAAUUUUAUCUUCACUUAAAAAUAUCAAACACCUUAAACAUUUCAUUCUUGCAAAUCCUCCUAAUUCGAACUCAAGAGACGUCGACGACCAGAAAAAAAGAAAAAGAAAAUUCUGUGUAUUGUUCCACCUGAGCAAAGAAAUAGAAGAAACCAAAAAAAGUGAAUAAACGUCCAGAGAAAGAACCAAUUAAAAGCAAAAAAUCCAAUGAACGAUUAAAAAGUUUCACCAAAAAGACAAAAUUAUAAAAAUAAAUAAAAAAUAAUAAAAAAGGAUUGUUUCGCUUUUGAUUUUAAUUUUUGCAUUCGCGGUGCAUUGUGUUGUGUAUGUGGCAGUUUUUUUUUGUUGAUUUUUCUUUCUUUCUUUCUUUUUGCGCAAAAAGAUUGAAGAAUUCUUGUGCAACUUUGGAAUCGCUGGUUGAUUUCCCUCAUUAAUUUCGCAAUAUUCAUCGACAUCGACGAAAGCGAAUUGGAAUAAAGAAUACAAAAAAACCAAAAACGAAAAACGGAAAGCAGAAAACAAAAACAACUUCCUGCACUGUGUUCUGUGCAGUUUGUCCUCUUUCUCCUCAUCCUUCUCCUCGGCUCCUUCGCUUUCAAUCAGUGAAAACAUCCAAAACCCCCAACCCCCAAUUCCGAGAAAACAUUGGCAUUGGGUUUGUGUUCCUGUUCCUGUUCCUCCGCCGUCAGAAUUGUCGCCGCGAGUAAAUCAUGUCCUCGUCCUCGACGAAUUCUCCCACCGCCGCACCCGGAGGAGGAGGUGGUAAAGGUGUAACAGCUGCUGCCGAUGAUCCGGCAACCAUUGAGGAGCUGCGAUUGGAAAUCGAGCGCCUGUCCAGGGAGCUAGAUCAAGCCAGCAGUGAGAAAAUUCAAUCCGCCCAAUUCGGUUUGGUGUUGCUCGACGAAAAGAGCCUUCUCCAACACAAAUGCGAGGAGCUAGAAACUCUAUACGAGAAUACAAAGCAUGACUUGGACAUAACACAGGAGGCCCUUGCUAAAUUCCAGACGUCACAAAAAGUCACAACAAAAACCGGCAUCGAACAAGAAGAAACUCUUCUUAAUGAAUCUGCCGCCAUCGAAACAUCACUCAAUUUACAAAUUUUCGAUUUGGAAAAUGAAGUCAAACAGCUGCGUCACGAAUUGGAACGUGUUCGUAAUGAACGUGAUCGUAUGUUGCAAGAAAACUCCGAUAUAGGACGAGAUAAGUCUGACAAUGAGGCGGAAAAAAUAAGACUUAAAGCAGAGUUGAAAGAAUUGAAAUUCCGUGAGACCCGAAUGCUAACUGAAUAUUCAGAAUUGGAAGAGGAGAAUAUUUCACUGCAGAAGCAAGUGUCCAGUUUAAGAAGUUCUCAGGUUGAAUUUGAAGGUGCCAAACAUGAAAUUCGAAGGCUCACUGAGGAGAUGGAGUUACUUAACAAUCAAGUCGAUGAGCUAGCUAAUCUUAAAAAGAUUGCCGAGAAGCAGAUGGAGGAAGCCCUGGAAGCUCUACAAGGUGAACGAGAAGCAAAAUAUGCUUUAAAGAAGGAACUCGAUGGACAUAUCAACCGAGAGUCUAUGUACCACAUAAGCAAUCUGGCGUAUAGCAUCCGUUCCAUCGAUGAAAACGCCGGCGGUAAUAGCGACGGUGAAGAAGAGAAUUUAGCCCUGAAACGUCUAGAAGCCGAUCUAACAACCGAACUGAAAUCACCCGAUGGCACCAAAGUGGAUCUUUUCUCGGAAAUUCAUCUAAACGAACUGAAAAAACUGGAAAAACAAUUAGAAUCAAUGGAAAACGAAAAGGCCCACAUGACAUCUAACCUGCGCGAAGCCCAAACAAAUCUGGAUAAGAGUCAAAAUGAAUUGCAAAACUUUAUGUCAAGGCUGGCGUUGCUAGCAGCGCAUGUAGAUGCUUUGACACAAUUAAAGAAACAAAUCGACACCAAGGAUGAUAGUCUUACGAAAAUGGCUAAGAAUAGCAAAGACAAGAACGAUGAAUUGAAUUUGAAUCAGAAGUUGCGUGAUGUUCUGACGCAAUAUUCAAAUUGGUUUACCCUAAGUUCCAAGGAGAUCGAUGGCUUAAAGACUGAUAUAAGUGAGUUACAAAAAGGUUUGAACUACUCUGAUGCUAUGGUAACGUUGCGCAAUGAAAUUACGAAUUUGAAAAAUAAACUACUGUCGACGGAACAAAAAUCAUUGGAUCUGCAAAGUGAUGUGCAAACUUUAACUCACAUCUCACAGAAUGCUGGACAAAGUUUGGGUUCGGCUAGGUCGACAUUGGUGGCGUUAAGUGACGAUUUGGCACAAUUGUAUCAUCUAGUCUGUACUGUGAAUGGAGAGACGCCAACAAGAGUGCUGUUGGAUCAUAAGAACGAUGACAUGAGUUUUGAGAACGACUCACUUACCGCCAUUCAGUCACAAUUCAAGUCCGAUGUGUUCCUAUCAAGAUCACAAAUUGUCGAAGACCUUCAGGGCCUGGCUGAUUCAGUGGAAAUCAAAAAGUACGUUGAUACGGUCAACGAUCAAAUUAAAUACCUUAAAACCGCUGUGGAACACACAAUUGAUCUUAAUAAAAACAAAGUCCGAGGCGAUGUCAGUGAGGACAAAUUCAACCGUGAAGAAAUCGAGGAAUUACAGGAGCAAAUUAUCAAACUCAAGAGCCUGUUGUCAACGAAGCGCGAACAAAUCGCCACUCUGCGCACAGUACUCAAGUCCAAUAAGCAAACUGCCGAAGUUGCACUCACCAAUCUCAAGUCAAAGUACGAAAACGAGAAAUUAGUUGUGAGCGAUACAAUGUCCAAAUUGAGAAACGAACUGAAGAUCCUAAAAGAGGAUGCAGCUACAUUCUCAAGUCUACGUGCAAUGUUCGCAGCUCGUUGCGAAGAAUAUGUUACACAGGUCGAUGACCUGAAUCGUCAAUUGGAAGCAGCUGAAGAGGAAAAGAAGACCCUCAAUCAAUUGCUAAGACUCGCUGUGCAACAAAAAUUAACGCUGACACAACGUUUAGAGGAAAUGGAAAUGGAUCGUGAAAUGCGACAUGUACGUCGACCAAUGCUGACACCUCGUGGUGCCAGUGGCAAAUCAUCAUUUUCUCGACCAUCACCACGAAAUCCCUCAGCAAACAAUCAGAAUCCCUUCUAACAUAAAAUCAGCGUGCAGCGUAAACUUUUAGCCUUAGUUUAUACUUUACUUAAGUUAUAAAAUGUUUGUUAAUUUUAUUUAUAUCCCUUUUUAAGAACAAAGAAUCAAGGAAGAGAAAAAUAGAGAAAAGAAAACAACUUAUACACACAAACAUCGUUAUUUACUAAAUAUUUCUACAAAAUAAAGUCAGACUAAUUGGAGAGAUUGCAUAAACGUUCCUAUUGCCACAACGUCCAAUAUUAUUUUACGAUUCAAUAAAACAAAAUGCAAUGAAUCAAAUAAAUCAAAACAAAACAAAUAAAAAAUGUGGCAUUAUAUCUCCAAAUGGAACGCAAUAAGUAAAUAACGCUUAUUGUGUUAUUCUCUCCAAUUAGUAAACUAUGGUUAAAGUUAUUAUUAUUAAUAUUAUUAUUAUUAUCAGUAUAAACGGUACGUUACUUAGUAUUUCAAUUAAGAUUAGGAAAAGUGAAAAGAAAAUGUUUUGUUUUAUUAUUAUUUUUAUUUUGUUUUUGUUUUUUAUAUAAAAAGAGAACAAGUUCAAUUUUCCAUUGGUAUUUUGUUUUUCAAGAAAAAGCUGUACGCAAAAUUCAGUAAAAAAACAUUUAAUUUGAUUAUUUUGUUAUUUGUUUUGUUUUUAAAAUUGAACAAAUUAAUACACAUAUUAUAUUUGUUCUUCAUAUAAAAUUAGAAAAAAAAAAAAAAACAAAAUAAAAUGCAGCAGAUGAAAAAAUUAAAGGCAGCAACAAUAUUUUAUAGUCUCUAAGACAAAAACGUAAUAUUUAUUAAACUAACAAUAAAACAAAAACAUGAACUAGUUAAUAAAUAAUCUGAAGUUAAGAAAAUUUAAUAAAAUUACUAUAAAAUAACAAUAACAAAACAACAAUUUUAUAAUACAAAACAAAAAAAAAUGAAUAAAAACUUUGAAAAGUAAUAUAAAUUAUUUAAAAAAAGAAAAACUAAAUAAAUCGUCCAUCAUUAAAAGUGAAUUUUAUUGUUUUUUGGUUAAUAUAUUUUGUGACUUUGCUAAUUAUUUUCUACAAACAAACUUUAUUAAUCUAUUACAAAAGAAAAACAAAUUUUAUCUAUUACCUUUAAAUAUAUUAUUAUAUUUGAGAAAUAUAAUUUUUUUAUUUCUAUCAAUAUGUCCUUCCACACACGUACACACACAAAUCUAUUUGUUUAUUGUUGUGAUUUUUCAUAUUUAAAAAAAAAAUAAUAUAAAAACAAAUAUAUGUAUUUAAACGAACAAAAAAAAGUAAAUGAUGAAAAUGUAUUUAAUUAUAUAUUUAAAAAAAUCCAAACCAAAUAAAAGUAAUAUAAAACUUUUAUUAUUAUACAAACAAAACACAAAAACAAAAUGAAAAAAAUAUCAUAUUAAAAUCUUUGGAAUCUAACAUUUUACUAUUAAAGUCUAAAGAAAAAAUAAUUAAAAUGAUAAUUGUUUGUUUUUUUAAAGGAUUUAAGUUUUUUUUUAAAGAAUUUUGAUGUUGUUUAAAUAUUUAUCAUUUGAAGUGAUUUUUUCGUUUGUUUGUAAAAUAAAAUCUGGAAUGGGGAAAAUAAAAUUUUAUAAUAAAUAAAUAAAAUCUGAAUAUUAAAAGUAUACAAAAUAAAUAGACUUUAUUCAAGAAAAUUAGUCUUAUCUAGAAUGAAUAAUAAGAUAUUUCGUAACAUAAACUCUCAUGAAUUUUGUGGUUCAAAUUUAAGCAUAAAGAUCGAAAAAUAAAAAGCUAAUGAAAUAGUUUGGACUUUAGCAUAUUUGAUGAUUAAUUGGACAGAUGAUAAUCUGGAUUGUCGAUUGACUGGAAUAUCGAUUGAAUGUUCUGCAAUUUAAAUUGAUAAGGUAAAGUGCUAAAGAGGUUUUAUCUAUAACUCGGAUAUAAGCAGAUGUUUUAUUUUUAUUGUAUGUUUUGAAACGUUUUGAAAUGAAAUGAUUUCUAAUUUUUUGGAUUUUUAUAUUUUGACUUGGUCGAAAAAGGUUGUGUGUAGUAUUCAACGAACUUAAUAGUGAAGACUACCAAAGUAGAGGAGAUAGAUAUCUUAGUUGGUUAACAUCACAGCUAUUAAAGCUUAUAAACGUUUAUUAAGACUAAAACUUGUUUUAAUCAAUAACAAGUAAGUAAAAUAAUACCUUUCUGUCAUGUAAAGCUUGGUUCUUUAAUUUGAAUAAUAUGGAAUUUGGUCAUAAUUCUAUCAUGUCGAGUGAAAUUUUGUCCACUAUUUAAGAUUUUAUUCGGAAUUAAAGCGAAGUGCAGAAUCUAGCUGAUAGUGUUUUUCGUAUGGGUUAUAGGCAACCCUAAAAUGCGUUCAGUCUAAAAUACCUUUGUUUUCGCUAAGAACAAGCAAAGACAAGCUAACUUUAUUUAGACAGAGUCAUCAAAAUAAAAGGUUCAACCAAAGUAAAGCACUGUUUUAUAUACAACAACUAACUAUGUGAAAAAGAACCACAGAUUGAGAAUUUUGACUAUUUUCACUUUAAAAAAAUAAAAUUCUUUUAUGAAAGAGAAAAAAUGGAGAUAAGAAAUCAAUUGUUUGAAAAAAGUUUGGAGUAAUUCUAAUGUCGCAAAAGCUUAAGAGCUUAUUGUGAGAGGCUAAUUUAAAAAGAAGUUUAUUCGAAAUCAACUGAAUUGUCUUCUUUCAGAAGAUUGAUUUUUUUAUGACAGGCUUAUGAAAAAAUUCGAAGCAAUGCUCGUAUUUUUUGUAUGAUGUUUUGGAAUAUUUUUUUAUUUUCUUUCUGAAAUAAAUAACAAAAUAAAUACGAAACUUAACAGAAUUCGAUUAGGUCCUCUUGAUAAUUUAAUUUUUGAACAUAUUGGAAUGGUAUGGCCCUAAUUUCAAUACUACUGUAGACUUUUUCGGUCUUAAAAAAAUAACUACGUUAAAAAGUAAUUAGAACCACAUUUUUCACGUGAGAAGUGUAUACCCAGUGUAAAAUAGGAAGUUAAAAUACAAAUAAAUUGACAUUUUUAUUUUUGCUGCAUCAAAAAUAUUCAAAUAGUAUCUUCUAGAAAAAGUUUUUACAUCGAAAUCCCCCUAAACAAAAAAAAAAGUAAAUUAGCUGAAUUUUCAAAAGAAAUAAUUACAUGAAAAAUAUAAAUUUAAAUUAGGUUGCGUAAACGCCAGUAGCUGAGUUAAACUAAAUAAUUAUAAUAUGGUAGAAUGUUUAAAUCCGUAAAUAAAUUUAAAAUAUCAUCAAAUUGGUACCGAAAUACUCUACAAUUUUAAAAGUAACUAAAAAUAUACCCAAAAAUUAGAUCAAAGUUUGUUUGUAAAAUAAAAUUUAUUAAUAAAAUAUAAAAAUACAAAAUAACAACCUUAACCAAAUAAAAUGUAGCAAACAAAAGUUGAAAACAAAAAUUCAAAAAUAACUCCAAUUUAUCAUUUUUGCUUAGAAAGCCUUUUAAAAGUUAAAACCCAUUUCAGGUUAAAAAUACAAACGUUUUAUGCUCAUACAUAUUUAUUUCUACAUUUCUACCUGACUUCCCCUUAUAUUGUUGUAUUUAAAAAAAAAACAAAAAUUAAGAAAAAACGAACUUUAAAAAAGAGGAAAAUAAAAUAACCGUCGCAAUAAAUUUUUAAAAAAUAAACUUUAUCAAAUAAGUUGGUUAAGUAUAAGAAAAAAAAAUAAAUUAAAAACACAAUCUAUACCGAGCCAUUCAAUUGAAUUUAUUGAAACACAAAUGAAGACACAUUAUUUGUUAAUAUAUAAAUUCACUAUAAAGACGUACACCGUUUAAGAACCAAGAACAAACAAAACAAAAAACUUAUUUAACAACAAAUAAAUUCAUGUUAAUUGUAAUUAUAGAAUAAUUUAUUUAUAGAAAAUAUGAAUAUUAUUCAAAUGACAAAUGCAUUAAAGAAAAAACUUCGUUUGAAGUAAGACUUUUGAAAACCAAAAUAAAAUGGAACCAUCUAAAAGAACGAAUUAACGAAUUUUUGAUGAACAAACAACAAAACAAACAUAAUAUUAACUUUUAAAUGUAUCAACUACAUAUACAUAUGGUAUAACA